UAACACAUUAUUAUUAUGAUUACUUUGUUAGCGACGACAAUGUCUAACAUUUGGAUUUAUAUAUCCAUUGGAUUUUUGGUUAUCUCCACUGCAAGUAAUGCUAGAAAUACAUCACUAAAUGAGGAACAAAUGACAGGACUGUUGGGCCGUCCGGUGGGUCGUAAGACGAGUCUAUUGACGGUGGGAUAUCACGGACCGGCACUUUUGCAAGACUUUCAAUUCCUCGAAGAGAUGGCACACUUCGAUAGGGAACGGAUACCCGAACGGGUAGUUCACGCCAAAGGGAGCGGCGCUUUCGGUGUGUUUCGUGUGACAAAUGGCGAAAUGAGGCGCUACACGAAAAUGGCUCUCUUCGACCGCGCGGGCAAAGAGACGGAAGUGGCCGUCAGAUUCUCAACAGUGGCCGGCGGACAGGAUUCGGCCGACACUGUGUUCGGCGACCCGCGAGGCUUUGCCACCAAAUUCUACACCGAAGAGGGAAACUGGGAUUUGGUCUCAAACAAUGUGCCCAUGUUUUUCAUCCGAGACUCCCAACAGUUUCCGUCCGUAAUUCACGCCAAUAAGAAAAAUCCGAUGACUGGUCUAAAGGACCCGAACGCUCUCUGGGACUUCCAAUCCCUGAGACCCGAGACAUUAAAUUUAAUCACUUAUAUGUACAGCGAU